UUAUAAAAAAGUUUAGAGAAUUUCUGUUUACCUUGUAAGUCCAUUUUCCCUAGGAAAAAUCACUUUACAUUUAGGAUGUAAAAGUAAAUUUGACCAAACUACUGUCAUUUUAACGCAAUAUUGUAAUAUGUCAUUUUUAACGCAUACUUGUAGCGCAAGAUUGCACAUGCAAUUUUUUUAAAUUUCAAAAUGGCGCGUUCGAUUGAUUGGUACGGUUAGAGAAGCAGACUGUAGGCUUAUAGUGCAAUUACGAUGUAUGUAUAUACAUAUAUACAUGAAAAUAUAGAAGUAUCGAUGGAUGAGCGAGGAAAGCGCUACUCCCCUCCGGAAACUAAUAGGGAAAAGUAGAUCGUCUGACGAGCGAAGUUCAGUCAGCACGGAGAAAACAUUCGGCAAGUAGAGUAAUUGUGCUGCCCCGUAUGACAGACGGGGCUGUCAUAUUUUAUCAAAGCAUAUCUUUAUCCGCGAAACCUUCAAAGACAUUAGCGCAACAAUGGCGAUGGGCAAAGGGUUUCGCGUUUACGAAAAGUUGAAACCAUCUCGUCAUUCUUUAAUACUAGAACAGCGAAAUCGAAAGGAGACUGUUCUCUUUGAGUCACAAGCUGUCGCUGUUCUUUCUGCUGAAGAAACUGACAGCUUAAAAGGGAAAUAUACAAAAUUGUUAGAUGCAUAUGGGUGCUUAGGUGUUUUGCAGUUAAAUGCAGGAGAAAAUACCCUUCUGUAUCUUGUUCUUGUCACUGGAUGUUUCUCAGUUGGUAAAGUAGGAGAAUCAGAAAUAUUUAGGAUUACUCAAACGCAUUUUGUACCGCUUCAUUAUGCGCAAGGCCACGAGGAUCGUGUAUCUGAAGUUAGGAAAGUUCUUAAUUCUGGUACAUUUUAUUUCUCUUGGUCUGCUGGAUCUCAAGAGUCUCUUGAUAUUACCCUUAGUGCACAGAGGCGAUGUAAAUCCACAACAACUGAUAACAGAUUUUUCUGGAAUCGAAUGUUACACAUACAUUUAUUGAGAUUUGGAGUUGAUACAUCUCAUUGGUUACUUAAAGCAAUGUGUGGUAGUGUGGAAAUUCGAACUGUAUAUGUUGGUCAUAGACAGGCUCGAGCUGUUCUUAUAUCCAGGCUAAGUUGUGAACGUGCAGGCACCAGGUUUAAUGUCAGAGGGACUAAUGAUGAUGGUCAUGUAGCAAAUUUUGUAGAAACAGAACAAGUAAUAUAUUUAGAUAAUGAAGUAACUUCUUAUGUACAAACUAGAGGAUCAGUUCCUUUAUUCUGGGAACAACCUGGUAUCCAAGUUGGUUCUCAUAAAGUUAAAAUUUCUCGUGGUUUUGAAGCUUCUGCACCAGCAUUUGACAGACAUUUAAAGAUGAUCAAAGAGAGAUACGGGCAGCAAGUAAUUGUCAAUCUCCUUGGUUCUAGUCUGAUUGGUAGUAAAGAAGGAGAAGCAAUGCUAAGUCAAUUAUUUCAAACUCAUCAUAAAAUGUCAGAGCAUAAUGAUGUGCCUCACAUUCCGUUUGACUAUCAUCAAGAAUGUAGAGGUGGAAAUAUGAAAAAUCUUUCGAAACUAAAGGCAAAAGUAGAAAUGUAUUUAGAAUCUUUUUCAUUAUUUUAUGCUGUUGGUAAUGCCGUCAUUCACGAACAAAAUGGAACUAUUAGAACAAAUUGUCUUGAUUGUUUAGACAGAACUAAUUGCGUACAAACGUUCUUUGCUUUGGAAAUACUUGGUAAGCAACUUGGAUUAUUGAAGUUGCUUGAGAAGCAACAGAUGGUUUCAAGAUUUGAGGAAGUAUUUAGACAAAUGUGGAUCAAUAAUGGUAAUGAAGUAAGCAAAAUAUAUGCUGGUACUGGAGCAAUUCAAGGAAGUUCGAAAUUAAUGGACGGUGCUAGAUCUGCGGCUAGAACAAUACAAAAUAAUUUAUUAGACUCCAGUAAGCAAGAAGCUAUUGAUAUUUUGCUAUUGGGAUCAACUUUGAACACAGAAUUGGCCGAUAGAGCUCGAUUACUUUUGCCUUCUAAUAUGUUACAUGCUCCGCCGAGUGUUUUGAGAGAAAUGUGUAAAAGGUAUAACGAAUAUGUAAUUACAAUGAAUCUUAGAGUAAGCGUGGGUACUUACAACGUUAAUGGAGGAAAGCAUUUUCGAAGUGUCGGGUACAAAGACUUAUCCCUUUCGGAUUGGUUAUUAGAUGCUCCAAGAAAAUCGUCAUCCUUAGUAUCAGUUGAAUACGACAAUGUUCCUGUAGAUAUAUUUGCAAUAGGAUUUGAAGAAAUCGUUGAUUUAAACGCUAGUAAUAUAAUGGCUGCUAGUACUGAUAAUGUAAAAGCGUGGGCAGAGCAAUUACAGAAAGCACUUUCCCGAGAUACUGAAUAUGUUUUAGUCACAUAUCAACAAUUAGUCGGUGUUUGUCUUUAUUUAUUUAUACGACCUAUGCAUGCACCUUACUUAAGGGAUGUAGCCGUAGACUGUGUUAAAACUGGAUUAGGUGGUGCAACAGGUAAUAAAGGAGCUGCAGCUAUUAGAUGUGUAUUAUAUUCAACGUCGUUUUGUUUCGUUUGUGCACACUUUGCUGCUGGCCAGUCUCAGGUUAACGAGCGUAAUGCAGAUUACGCUGAAAUUACGCGAAAAAUUACCUUCCCCAUGGGAAGAACAUUAAAUACUCACGAUUACGUAUUUUGGUGUGGAGAUUUUAAUUACAGAGUUGAUAUGGAUAAAGAUGAAAUGAAAGAGAUGAUUAAAAGAAAUGAACUUGAUCAAAUACUACAGUACGAUCAAUUGAAGGUUCAACAAGAACAAGGGAAUGUUUUUAAAAAUUUUUUGGAAGGUUCUAUUACUUUUCCUCCAACGUAUAAAUACGAUGUCUUUUCGGAUGAUUAUGAUACGAGCGAAAAGUGUCGUCAACCUGCAUGGACAGAUAGAGUGCUAUGGAAACGUAGAAAACAAGUACCUGAUAUCGAUUCACCUACAGAUUGGAAUCCAGGAAAAUUAAUUCAUUAUGGUAGAGCGGAACUGAAACAAAGCGAUCACCGACCGGUUAUCGCAAUCAUCGACGUAGAUGUUCAUUGCGUUGAUCCUGAAAAACGAGAACAGGUAUUCAAAGAGGUAAUUCAAGACUUAGGUCCACCGGAUGGUACCAUAGUAGUAAAAGCAAUGGAAGAAUCAGAUGACAUGGACGACAUCUUGCAUGCUCUGCUGGAAGAUUUCUCUCAUAUCGGUGAAGCGAUCCUCGUCAGAUUUGUCGGUGAAACUAUUUGGAUAACUUUUAGAGAUGGCCAGUGUGCUUUAUCAGCAGCGAAGAAAGGCAUGACUCAAGUGUGCGGUCAAACUUUGAAAUUAUCCUUAAAAUCACCAAACUGGGUGCAGCUAAUUGAAAAAGAAAUAGAACUUUGUAGCAACACCACUAUUGCACAGUUUACUUCGGAUUCUCCGAUAAGAAGUCCUGUGCAAAGAUUAGAACAGUUAGACAUAACGGAACGACCAUCUCCUAGUAGAGGAAGUCCAAACGGCGUAACUCCACCACCUCGACCUGCACCUCCAGGUCGACCAUCUCAACCACCUAGAAGUCCGUUGCAAGAUCGAAAACAAGGACCACGCGCUGGUGUAUUCAGUGUAUUGCCUAAUCAGUUUUCAGCGCCGUUACCCAGAGAAACAAUGGAAUCCGAACAAAGUGAAAGGCUAUCUCCAGAAUCUGCAAUCUACGAAGAGAUAUUGGAUGGAUCUCCUAGUUACCCCAUACCAAACCGUCCCCCUCCACCUUUACCUCGUACAGAUCCUUCGCAAGAAUCGUCUAGUAGACCACCCAAUACCGUACCUCCGCCAUUACCGCAAAGACAAGCUCCUCCUCCACCUCAACAUCCUCCACCUAGUUUACCUGCACCGAAUGCUCCACCACCUAUUCCAGCAAGAACAUCAGGCGGACCACCUAUUCCAGCUAGAAAUCCACAUUAGAUUGUGGCGUAUGUCAUUCCAUUUGUGAGUGAAAUCACUAGACGUUACUGUGUAGCUAAUUAUUUAUAAAUAUCAAUAGAAAUUAAAUGUAAAAUACAUAGAUUGCUUCCACACAACGUUGAACAACUGUGUAGCUUAUCAUAAACUUUAAAUCUAUUUCUGUGAUUAGUCAAAACUUCGUUCUCAUGCACUAUAAGAAUGUAUGCUUACUGUCAUGCACUUUCCUACAUCGUAUAUAAUCAAGUUUGCUAAAUACCUCAAAGAUUUCAUUAUACGGAUGUAAUAGAAAAUAAGCAGAGUUACAAACCUGAUAUAUAGUGUAAAGGGUUCUUGAUAAUUGUUGAAAUGAAUGGAAUAAUUAUGUUAAUGAAAUCUAUGCUGUUGAAAAUAUCGUAUGAAGAGUUCUUGAAAUAUGUAUAAUGUCUACACCUAGAAAAGUUAUUGUUAUAAUUCCAUAUUUCAAACGUAUGAACCACAAACUACUUUCACGGCAGAUCAGUUUAUUUUCAACAUUAAAAUUGUUUAUUGGCCCUGUGUAGUUCUUGUUAUAUUUAAACAAAAAUAUAUAUGGUUGACAUGA